AUGACGCGAAGCAAAUGGCAAGAAUUAGAAUCCCCCGGGGAAGUGAGGGCGCCUUGCGGCUGUGACUUGAACAGCGAAUCCACAUUUCACCACUCGAAGGGAACUGAGCCACAUCGGAAGGGGGAACCGGAUGAAGGCCUCAAUCUGGCUGGUGAGAAAGCGACGAUACGCGCCGGCGUGCAGCAUUGCGGGCCACUCACAGCCAAGCGGGGUACCAACUAG